AUGGUUCCUAUAAUAGACAAACAAGAUCAACGACAGCAGAUAUUUCAUCAUCUACUAACAGAAGAAGAAACCAUAAGAUCACAUCAUCAACAAGAAGAAGUAAAAGAUAAUCCAAUGAUAUUAAUUGAAGAUGAAGAAGAUAGCACAUGUGGCUAUAUUCCUCUCUUUGAAUGGCCUUCUUCAAUCAAUGAUAAACAUCAUUUCUCUCUUAAUACACAAUUACCAACUGAAGAAGAAUGCAAAUCCAAAUUUAGUAAAAUGAUAUUAGCAGCCUAUUAUCAGCAACAUUUACUUGAGCAAUAUCCAAAGGAAAUGCAUUUAAUAUUUGAUGAACAAGAUCGUCAGAUUGAAGGCAUUUCUAUUCUAUUUCAAGAUAAUACAAGAGAAGAUUAUUUAGAAUUAAAGGUCUCUUUACAAUAUUUAGCACCUGAAUUAUCCAUAUCUUCCGUUUAUCAUUACGAAAAAGUAGAAGUUUGGUCACUUGGUAUAUCUCUUUAUCAAAUGCUAGUUGGAAGAUAUCCUUUUAUUGAAGAAUCAUUAUCUCACCGUGAAGUUUUUAAUAAGAUGUUAAUAUGUGAUUAUGAUCUUCCAAAGUCAUUAUCAAAAGAUGCUAGAGAUUUGAUUCAAAGAAUGCUAUCUCCUGAACAUACUCGAGCUUCUCUUGAUCUUAUCAUGUUUCAUCCAUGGUUAAAAUCUUAUAUUCCCUGGUUAAACACAGAAGAAGAACAUAAAACUAAAAAAAUGAAUUAUAACAAGUCAACAAAGAUCAAAAAUUCAAGAUUACGGGCAAAGAAGAAAAUAAAGAAAACUGUCCAUGCUGUUAAAAAGAUAAUUACAUACAUCUUUAAGGGACCUUAUCCGCCACCCUCUUCUUAUCAUAAUAUCGUUAUAAGCUAG